AUGGUCAUCCUUGGGAAACCUCUUCAACAAUCCACAGAAGCCCAGACUGAGCAAUGGGAUGCACUGUGGCGACAAAAAUCCACACCCUGGGAUCGCUCCGCCCCAAACCCUGCACUAAUCGACGCGCUGAACGACAAAAGCGACAUACUCGGUUCGUCCACUCAGAGCGGGGAGACGCGCCGCAAGAAAGCGCUUAUCCCUGGCUGCGGUCGCGGGUACGAUGUCCUGCUCUUCGCCAGCCACGGCUAUGACGCUUACGGACUGGAUAUCUCUCAAACAGCUGUUGAGGCUUGUCGAGAGCUGGAUGCAGAGCAAGGCAAGGACGACGCGAGAUACCCCAUCAAAGAUACGACAACCAGUCGAGGUUCAAGAAACUUCCUUGUCGCGGACUUCUUCAACGAUGAUCUGUCCUCUCACACAAAUGGUGCGGGCUUCGAUGUAAUCUACGAUUUCACCUUUCUGUGCGCCAUACCACCAGAACUACGCCCUCAAUGGGCAAAGCGGAUGAGCGAGCUUCUAGCACCAAAUGGAAGUCUGAUCUGCCUCGAAUUCCCAUUGGCAAAACCACCAAAGGCAGGCGGGCCGCCGCAUGGUCUGAGUAGCGAGCUAUACAUGCAGCUCUUCAAGCAACCUGGCAGAGAGGUCAGCUAUGCAGAGGACGGACACAUUGCAUCUGAUGAGCGCUCUCUUGACCAAGUAUCUGGUCUUGUGCGAGUUGCUCACUGGUCGCCAGCACGCACGCAUGACCUUGGCAACGGGACGGAUAUGAUGUCCAUCUGGAAGCAUGCGAAGAGUAUCUAG